AUGUCCUUCUCUGUCGUCAUAUUGCCUUUGACUGUCACGGCUGGCCGAGCAGGUGAUCCUGUGCCACAAGCAGCAGCGCUAGCAGGGAAUAUGGGGGAUGUCACCAGCUCUCCUGCAGUUACCAAGGAGCUCCUUUCUGCGGAAAAUCAGUACAAUGUCCAAAACAUUAUGAAUGACCUCACGUACUUGCUCCACGCCCUGACAAGCCAGGAGUUCAAGAAUUUAGUCAACGGAACCUCCAAGAUGCUGGCUCCGGAUUUUGUUUCCAGCUUACUCGGCGAGCUUCCCAGUUUCUUGGACAGGCCAAACCCCUUACGUCUUUAA